UCGUACAACAGCGGAUCGCGUUGUCUGCUGCUGAAAAUGAAGCGUACCGCCCAAUGAUCCUUGUAACUUGGCUAGUAACACAAAUAUCCCUGCGCAAGACGUAUUCGGAUAAGAAACGCUUCGCGCGUCGGUGGAUAUUCACACCGUAUCAAGCAUCACUUUCAUCACAAGGAUGAAACCUCGAAUUCUUCAAGUCCUCGGAAUCCUAGCUGUCACUGGGAUUUUUGUAUAUGUUGCAGGCGUUACUCCAGAAGAAGUUAGUGACCUUUUGCACAAUGCACAGACCGUGUGGCGUGGGGCUAGGGAGAGUCUAAAUUCAGCUUGCAGCCUGCAAGAAAUGACAGAACAGGAACAAGAAGUCCAACGCAUUGUGAGCGAAAUCCGGGUGAUGCGAGCAAGGCUACAGCGAUUAAAUGGCCAAGAGCGAACGCCAUCCAUAGAUGGGCUCAACAUAGAACUGCGUCAGCUUGCAGAAAACAUGGGAGGGACACUUGAGGAGUGUAGACGGCGAAUCGAAGCUGUGGCCGAUCAGAGGAAUCCGGUACAAGAGAAUACCGGCGGAAGACCAAGGUACAUCAUCGAUCCAACAUCCAUUCAAGAGUCAUUCAACGCAGGAAUUCCAUUCAACGUCGAAGCAAGACUUCAAGGCGUGUCAGCGUCCACCAUGUACAGGAGGAGAAGAGACCUCGGCUUACUGCAACAAAAUCGAUACACCGACAUUCCAGACAACGAUUUAGACGCAACCAUGGGGCGCAUUUUGGCAAGAGACCCAAACUGUGGUAGAUCCAUGGCAGUCGGAGCAUUGCGACGCGAAGGAGUGAUUGUCCAAAGAAGACGAAUUUCUGCCUCAUUACAACGUGUGGGUGGCCUCCGAAUAGAAGCGCGGUUCCCGAUACCGAUAAGAAGACAGCCUUACCGGGCAGUGUGUCCAGGAUGGAUAUGGCACAUUGACAGUUAUCACAAGCUAAACGGACACCCCAGGAGAAUCAGCCGGCAUGCGGUCCGCUGGGGAAUCUCCAUCCAAGGUGGUGUUGACGGCUACUCUAGGACGUGCACUUUUCUCAGCGCCGCAGGAUAUAAUACAGCUGACCUGAUGAAAAGGGCAUUCCUGUUGGGUGUCAGGGAAUAUGGUUUUCCCAGUAGGAUAAGAACUGACAGAGGGUCAGAAAACGUAGAAAUAGGCAGGUUUAUGGUUAACCUUCGGGGGCACCAACAUAAUGCACAUUUUAAAGGCUCGUCUGUACACAACGUUCCUAUUGAGCGUUUUUGGGGCGAGGUGGGACAACAUUGCACUCGAGAAUUCAAAAAACUCUUCGAAGACUUCGAAGAGGAGGGAAUACUGGAUACGUUAUCAGAUGUAGACAUUUUCGCACUUCAUUUUGUAUACCUUCCCAUAAUCAACACAGCGCUUGAGGAAUUUAGACUUGAUUACAACUUACAUCCCAUCAGAACACGUAGCUACAUGUCACCAAAUCAGAUGAGACUAACCGGAUAUCAACGGUACAGACAUUCUGAGUAUACGUCUGUAUACGAGUAUUAUAAUGGACCUCCCAUUGACGUGGAAACACUUAUCGAGAAUGAAAGCGACGAACACUACCUCAUUCGAAUAUGUCGUUUUGGAGUACUAGAAGUCCAACAGGAAUGUAUUGAGGCACUUUUCAGGGAAGUUUUACCCUUUGAACCAGAAAACGGGAAUGGGAGGGACAAGUAUUUACUGGCAAAAGUAAUCAUCCUACAUUACCAGGAUAUCUAGUCGCUUUGAUUGCUCUUAAGCGUUUCAACGUCAAUUUUGCUGUUUACUUAAUGUCAUGCCAUGCCCUAUCAUGGCAAGCGCCCAACAUGACGCGUAUUUUGCUGAUCUUAUCAUGUAUAAGUACGCCGAUUUGGUUAUCACUGUUAGUAAAUAAUCUAUUUUAUCAAACGUUGUAUUAUACCUAUGUAUUCAUAUGUAUUUUCAUGUGUAUGCAAAUAGUGUAUUUUGACAUGUGUACUUCCUAUGUGUACUUGAACACGUAGAAUUAUUCCUUGUUACUGUUCUUCUUUAAACACUUUGCGAGGAAUAUUGUACAUUUGGCCAAUACGGAUGACUAAAUGAUAAAAAAUUACAUUACCUUUGUGGGUUGAAACAGCAUGAGCCAUAGUUGCUUUUUGUUAUCAUUGUAGUGGUACUGCACAGUGUUUGCAGGUAAACAUGAAAUGCAGUGUCGCUUCAUGCUAUACGAUCCAAUUGUCCGACUCUAUUUUUUCAUUUUAUAAGCAGUUUAUUGUGUUCCGUUGUUAAUGUUAUCCUAAAGAGAUGUGAUUCUGUCGACGAUAACUAGUAUGGCUAUCAUUUUAAUAACCCCGUUUAAAUUUAGUCAAUAAUCUUCAUAGUUUUAGAUGUAGUUUGGAGGUAGUUAAACAACUGAGGAUAUUGUCUGUGCUGGUUGGAUUAGGUUUCUGUUAUGCACUACAAGUGGGGUAGCUAAUUUUACUUGUAGGAGCUUACCUCUACUAUGAAAAGUAAAUCAUUGAUGUUACUUCUUUAACUAUAAUGAAUAAAUAACAUG